AUGAUCGGGGGGAUUUUCCCAGUUUUCAACAAAGAGAUCAGCAGCACUUCUACGUUCGAAAGGGAGCCACCUGGAGUGAAGUGUGCAGGAUUUGACCUGCGGGCUUUUCGAUGGACCCAAGUGAUGAUUUUUGCAAUUGAAGAAAUCAACAAAGAGUCUGCUCUGCUGCCAAACAUAUCUCUUGGCUACAGGAUCCUAAACUCUUGUGCAUCUCCAACAAAUACUUUACGAGCUGCACUAACACUGGCUAGUGGACCAGAGGAGAUAAAAUCAACUUCCCCUUGUCCUCCAGCUAUAUCUGCCCUCAUAGCAGAGUCAGGUUCGUCUCAGUCGUUAGCUGUGGCUGGAGCUCUUGGACCAUUUCAAGUGCCAGUAAGUUACUUCUCAACAUGUGCCUGCCUGAGUGACAAAGCUAAAUUCCCUACUUUCUUUCGGACAAUCCCCAGCGACUACUUCCAGGCAAAAGCUUUGGCAGCACUGGUCAAACGUUUUGGCUGGCAGUGGAUCGGGACCCUACAGUCAGACAAUGACUAUGGUCGAAAUGGGAUCCAGGCUUUCAGUGAGGAGGUGAAAAAGCUCGGGGUUUGUAUUGCAUUUGUCGGGACAAUUCUACGCACGUACCCUAUGGAUAAAAUUCUGGAUGUUGUGGAAAUGAUCAAGCAGUCGACUGUCAAAGUCAUUCUGGCUUUUGUUCCUGAGGGUGACUUUUAUCCCCUGAUGAAAGAGAUAGUAAAACAGAACAUUACUGGAAUUCAGUGGAUUGCUAGUGAGGCCUGGAUAACAGCACCACGGCCCUCCACACCUGAAAUCUACCAAGCUUUUGGUGGAGCCUUAGGAUUUGUGGUGCAGAAGAUGGCUAUCCCAAAUCUAAAACCUUUCCUCACAGGCAUUAGCCCUUACACAGAUCCAGGUGCAGCCUUUGUGAGGGAUUUCUGGGAAGUUAUGGUCACUGCUCACCUGCAAAAGGUACAUUUCAGAAAUCAGUUUGGGGACAAUGUGUUCUUUGAUGAGAAUGGCGACCCUCCUGCUUCUUAUGACAUUAUUAACUGGCAGCUGAGAGAUGGGCAGGUUCCGUCAUCGGUGUGCUCUAAUGUUUGUCCAGUUGGAACUAGGAAAGCUCAAAUCAAAGGAAAACCCACCUGCUGUUUCGACUGUAUCCCAUGUGCUGAUGGAACUAUAGCCAACUUAACAGCAGACUGCACACCAUGUCCACAGGAAUACUGGUCCAGUGAGAGGAAAGACGAGUGCAUUCCCAAAACAAUUGAAUUCCUGACCUAUCGUGAGCCAAUGGGAAUAGCGAUCACAGUUGUUUCCCUGCUAGGGGCCUCCUUGUCACUGGCCACGAUGAUGGUUUUUAUCAAGUACAGAGAAACCCCAGUGGUAAAGGCCAGCAACUCUGAGCUUAGCUGUUUCCUGUUGUUUUCUCUUUUUUUGUGUUUUCUCUGUCCCCUCACUUUCAUCGGCAGACCCACAGUCUGGACAUGCAUGCUACGCCACACAGCUUUUGGUGUGACAUUUGCACUUUGUAUUUCCUGUGUCUUAGGAAAAACUAUUGUUGUUGUUACAGCUUUCAAAGCCACAUUUCCUGGCAACAAAGUUGCAGGAAAGUUUGGUCCUGCACAGCAAAGAAUUAUAGUUUGCUCCUGCACUUUAAUUCAAAUUGUGAUAUGUAUAUUGUGGCUUAAAUUAAAUCCCCCUUUCCCAGACAUGGUUUUCAGACACAGCAAUAAAAAGAUUGUUUUAGAAUGUAACACAGGCUCUGAGGCUGCUUUCUAUGCAGUGCUGGGGUAUAUAGGGAUCCUUGCAAUAAUUUGUCUGGUCCUGGCAUUUCUCGCUAGAAAGUUGCCUGAUAACUUUAAUGAAGCCAAGUUUAUCACCUUCAGCAUGUUGAUAUUCUGUGCAGUCUGGAUCACCUUUAUCCCAGCAUAUGUCAGCUCUCCUGGAAAGUUCACAGUAGCAGUGGAAACAUUUGCAAUUUUGUCUUCAGCAUUUGGCUUAUUAAUUUGUAUUUUUGCACCUAAAUGUUACAUAAUAUUGAUCAAGCCAGAGAAAAAUACCAAGAAACAUGUCAUGACAAAAAAAAAUAUGAUUUCUUGA